CGUCAUCACACUGACAGCAGGAAACCGGUGGCGGGAAAUACUAGCAGACUAUGAAGCACAUACUCACGGUGUCCGCUCUCUAACAGCACGAUGGUUCAAAUAGUCAUAAGAUCAAGUGUGGAUGGCAGCAGUCCUGCUGAGUGGCUGCUGGUGGAGCUGCAGGGAGUGUUCUCCAGACACAACUCUGCUCUGGCAGGGAACGUGAUGGGAGACCUGCUCUACACCAUAGAGGGGGUGCCAGUGCUCAUUGUAGGGCACCAUAUUCUUUAUGGGAAGCAGGUGAAACUGGAAAAACCCUUUGCUGUACUCACCAAGCAUUCCAGCCAUUUGCAGGACAGCCAGGGUUGCCGUGACAGUGACAAUGAAAACAAUGAUGUCCCACAGUUACCCAUGGAAACCAAGCAGCCAGGAGCCCCCUCCACCUCCUACUGCGUGACCGCGCUCAUCAAACGGAAGCUGAUCUUCAAGACGCGGCCCAAACCCAUCAUCACCAACGUCCCCAAGAAGCUCUAGUGGGACUGCA